AAAAUGCAUAACCAAUCCACAAACUAUUACUUUCUGCUCAUGGAAUUCUCAGAAGUACAAGAACAGCAGCUACUUUAUUUCUUUGUUUUUCUAGUGAUAUAUUUUGCAAUUCUAACAGGAAACUUCCUCAUCAUAUUCGCAAUAAUUUUCAACCAUCAACUGCAUACACCUAUGUACUUCUUCCUGCUGAACUUGGCCAUACAAGACCUUCUGGCCAUUUCAGUCAUUCUGCCUAAAUCCAUGGCCAAUAUUCUCAUGAAUACAAGACACAUUUCUUAUUUUGGAUGCAUUUGUCAAGUUUUCUUUUUGGUCUUCUUUCUGGGAUCUGAUUUGUGGCUCCUCACUGUCAUGGCAUAUGAUCGCUAUAUUGCUAUUUGCAAUCCAUUACAAUAUGAAAAAAUAAUGAACAAGCAAGCUUGUAUUUAUAUGAUUUUUGCAGUUUGGAUCAGCAGCCUUUUUAACGGAUUGUUGAAUGCCUCUUUUGUCUUUGGAACCCCUUUUUGUUCCAACAUCAUCAAUCAGUUCUUCUGUGAAAUUCCAAAGCUCCUUAAACUCAGUUGUACAGGGUUAAACAAAAAUGAAAUCAAAGUACUUAUGGUCAUGUCUGCUUUAGGAUCUGUUUGUUUUUUCUUUAUUCUUUAUACUUAUGUAUGCAUUUUCACUGCUGUGCUGAAAAUUCACUCAUUGGAAGGAAGGAAAAAGGCAGUUUCUACUUGCCUACCCCAUGUUAUUGUGGUUUCCAUAUUCUUAUUCUCCGGAUUCUUUGCUUAUUUGAAGACUUCCUCCACUUCAUUGGACUUCAUCUCAACUUUAUUAUAUUGCAUUAUCCCACCUUUUUUGAACCCUAUAAUCUAUAGUAUGAGAAAUAGAGACAUCAAAAUUGCUUUGGCUAAAGUGCUAAAUAUAAGGAAAACGUACAAGAAAAUAUCAAACCUCAAGUGUAUUUCUGGAUAA